GUUCCACUUCCCCCUCCUCUACGUUCUUGACCUGGUAUCUUUGUCGCUCGCUUUAAAUUGGAAUUGUUACCUCUUCCAUUCACUCAUUUCUCCCUUCCAUUCAUGUCUUAAUUUUGCUGUGCUGAACCCGCUCAAGAUCCUGAUCCGUGAUGAACGGGUUCGCUACUCAUGAGCUCAAUGAAGAUGCAUUUGGGCAGAAACCCGGGCUGUUGAAGACCUUUGACGCAUUUCCCAAAACCAAACCCUCAUAUACCGCACCCUCGCGACGAGGCGGCCAGUGGACCAUCAUUGUGCUAGCAAUAUGCACGCUCCUGUCCCUCUCUGAAUUACGCACCUGGUUCCACGGUACGGAAAAGCACCACUUUAGUGUCGAGAAGGGCGUCUCGCAUGAGCUGCAGCUGAAUCUUGACAUCGUCAUUAAAAUGCACUGUGAUGAGGUACGCGUGAAUAUCCAGGAUGCAGCUGGGGAUCGAAUCCUUGCUGGCGAGUCUCUCUCGCGUGAACCCACUAGCUGGAAGGUGUGGACGGAGAAGCGCAACUAUCAACAUUCUCGUAGCGGGGCGCGGGAAUACCAGACGCUCAACCAGGAGGAUAGUGCGCGGCUUGCUGCACAGGAGGAGGAUGUGCACGCGCACCAUGUCAUGGGGGAGGUAAGGAGGAAUCCCCGUCGGAAGUUUCCCAAGUCCCCUCGGGUGGGCAGGGGGGACGUAAUUGAUUCGUGCAGGAUCUAUGGGAGUCUCGAGGGGAAUAAAGUGCAUGGAGAUUUCCAGAUUACUGCCCGAGGACAUGGAUAUCUAGAGACUGGAGCUCAUUUGGAUCAUAAUGCAUUUAAUUUCACCCAUAUGAUCACCGAACUCUCCUUCGGCCCACAUUACCCCAGUCUCCUCAACCCCCUCGACAAAACCAUCGCUGUCGCUGAAUCACACUACUACAAAUACCAAUACUUCCUCUCCAUCGUCCCAACAAUCUACUCCAGAGACUCCCGCACCCUAGACAAAUACACUGCCUCCCCCUCCCUCGCCCAAAGAAACAAAAACAAAAAAAUGGUCUUCACAAACCAAUACGCCGCAACCAGCCAAUCGGGCAGCAUUCCCGAACACCCCAUGUACGUACCCGGGAUAUUCUUCCGGUACGAGAUCGAACCGAUCCUGCUCCUCGUCUCGGAGGAGAGGAGCAGUUUCCUGGGCUUGUUGGUUAGGCUGAUCAAUACCGUCUCCGGGGUUCUUGUGACGGGGGGUUGGCUUUAUCAGAUUUCGGGGUGGUUUGGUGAGGUUUUCUGGAGGAAGAGAGGGGGGAGAGGGAAGACGGAGGGUGUUUUGGAUGGGAGGCAUCAUGAUUGAUUGAUUGAUGUGUUUGUGUUGUUCGGCUAUCAUGGGAAUGGAAAUGGAUUUUAUUGUUUAGAAAAUGGGCGUCUUUUCCUCUUCUGUUCAGUUUGUCGACUUAUUUCAGGUCUUCUGUGUAUACACUUACAUUGCUCGGGUGUCUCGGUUAUGUGUUGAUAUAUAUCAAUAUACUGAUGAAUAUGUACUGUUUCGAAGAAAGCGUACCAGAUAGAAUAAGGAUACCA